CAAUAAACACAUGGUCUGUUUCAACCUGUUUUACAGCUUGAAAGGUUAGAAGGCGUUAUACAAUAAAUCACAAUUAUGUCCACUGCCUUGAGAAAGGAAUACCUCAAGGCAAAGAAGGUUUCUCAUCCAAAUAGCAGAAAGUCUAUUGCCAUUGCAAAAAGAGCCAAGAAAAUAUCGAACAGAGAGAAAGCCAAAAUGGGUAGCUUGAUAAAGCAGAACCUAACAGGAGAGAAAAUGCUGUGGAUUCAGGAACAUAUGGAACCAGAUGUUUGUCCUUAUACACCUGAAUUAACUGCCCGGUUGUUAGAAAUAUAUAUAGCUAGAAAUGAUGAAGAAUUGGGACAAAUCAAUAUAAAGCGGUCCAUAGGUGGAAAGAGGAGUAGGCAACAUGCAAGUAGGGAAGAUGUAUUAAGGAUGACUAAACAACGCGAACUGGAAGAGUAUAACACAUGUGGAAUAGAAAUCCCUGACAUUUUGAAUGCAACUCAAUGUGACAUGUUGAGGAAAUGGAAUGGUGAAUUAAAAUACAUAACCAACUUUAAAUUCAGAAGAUUUGGAAGGAAGCACUUAAAUGAUGCAUUACAGAAAUCAAACAAACCACCAAAAACAUAUACAAAUAAUGCAAAAGUAAAAGUCACUGAGAAACCACAGAUUUCAUCCGAAGAUGUAAUGUCUGCAGGCAAUGAAGAAAAUUCUUCCUUGACUAAAUCAACUACUCCAACUGAAGAAAAUCAAACGACAGAAAAUCCCAUGGAAAUCGAAUAAAGCUUCUAAUUUUUUCUAUA